CAAUUCGAGAGGAAAGCUCAUAAGUUUGAGAUAGCUCAAGUGGUAAAGACCGAUAUUCAGAGGCUGUUCCACCGACUGCAACGCGAAACGCAUUUAACUCUUCUUCAAAGAAUAUACUUAUUUUUUCAUUUUUGCUUUCAAGAAUCAAGAUCAAAGACAUAAUAUUUCGAUAGAAUUCAACCAAUCUUUCCAAGAACUGGUUUGAUAUAAUUUGAUUUGUAAAAUCCAUCAAAAGGAAUUCAAUAAAAAAUAAUUUAUUGAUUGUGCAACAAAGAAAAAAGGACUCAAUUCUACUUACUUGUGAAAUCUAAAGACUGUUUAUUUUUUUUUUGUAUACAAAAGUUAUAACGUUUAAUUAAGUUUAAUUUAAAAAAAAUCAAUUUAAAAAUGAGUGCAUCAAACUUGGAAGUUUUAUCACCAAAUGUACAAAUUGAUGAAAAUUAUAUUGAAGUUGAUUAUGAGUAUCAAACUUCUUCAGUUAAGCGGGAUGGUGGUAAAAUUCAGGUGAAGCCCGAAAAAUUAUCUCUAAAAAUUCGAACUGAAAAAAAUGUGCCAAAAUUGGGUCUGAUGCUGGUUGGUUGGGGUGGCAAUAAUGGUUCAACAUUGAGUGCUGCUCUCGAAGCCAAUCGUCGUCAGUUGGAAUGGAGAAAGAAAACUGGCAUACAAAAAGCCAAUUGGUAUGGAUCAAUAACCCAAGCAUCGACAGUUUAUUUGGGAAAUGAUGAUAAUGGCAAAGAUGUUUAUAUACCAAUGAAGGAUCUUGUUCCUAUGGUUAAUCCUAAUGAUAUUGUUGUCGAUGGUUGGGAUAUCAGUACAUUGAACAUUGGAGAUUCCAUGCGUCGGGCUCAAGUUCUAGAUGUUGAAUUACAAGAUCAAUUGUAUAAGGAGCUAUCUAAAAUGCAACCUCGCCCAUCGAUCUAUGAUCCGGAUUUUAUAGCUGCCAAUCAAUCGACUCGUGCUGACAACGUUAUACAAGGGACCAAAUAUCAACAAUUUGAACAGAUUCGCAAGGAUAUUCAAGAUUUUAAAGCAACUUCAGGAGUUGAAAAGAUAAUAGUUUUAUGGACCGCUAAUACGGAACGUUUUUGUGAGAUUGAAGAGGGUUUGAACACCACUAUGAGUGAGCUACAGGCAUCAGUCAAAGCAAAUAAGUCGGAAAUAUCACCAUCGACAAUUUUUGCUAUGGCUAGUAUUACUGAAGGUUGUACUUACAUCAAUGGAUCUCCUCAAAAUACAUUUGUUCCUGGACUUAUUGAAAUGGCCGAACAUCAUGGAGUUUUUAUAGCCGGAGAUGAUUUUAAAUCUGGUCAGACCAAGUUAAAGUCAGUGUUGGUAGAUUUCUUAGUUGGAGCCGGUAUCAAACCCACCUCUAUUGUCAGCUAUAAUCAUUUGGGCAAUAACGAUGGCAAAAACUUAUCUGCACCUAAACAGUUCCGGUCCAAAGAGAUUUCUAAGAGUAACGUUGUUGACGAUAUGGUCGAAUCAAACAGUAUUCUGUAUAAGCCAAACGAACACCCUGAUCAUGUGGUAGUCAUAAAAUACGUUCCCUAUGUUGGAGACAGCAAAAGGGCCAUGGACGAGUAUACCAGUGAAAUUAUGAUGGGUGGCCACAACACUUUGGUUAUUCAUAACACCUGUGAAGAUUCACUUUUGGCAUCUCCAUUGAUUUUGGAUUUGGUAAUUUUAGGAGAGCUUUGUUCAAGGAUUCACCUGAAAAGCAACAAGGAAACAAGUUCUCAAUGGGUUGCUUUCAAGCCUGUCUUGUCAAUUCUAAGCUACUUGUGCAAGGCUCCUCUUGUCCCGAAGGGAACUCCUGUUGUGAAUUCUCUCUUUAGUCAGAGGGCAGCAAUUGAAAAUAUUUUAAGAGCUUGUGUUGGGCUUCCUCCAAUUUCUCACAUGGCUUUGGAGCAAAGAUUUGAUUUUGCAAGCAUCUCCACAAUUGAACCACCACUAAAGAAGCUCAAGACCUCAAUCGAGGCUAAGAAACUUGAAAAUGGUCAUCAGAAUGGUCAUGCUAAAGGAGAAAAUAAUCACAGCCAAAAAGUAACUGUGAAUGGCUAUCAUUAGGACACUGAAGUCCCUAAUAAAAAUAUCUUCAAUCUCAUAUUUCUUAAGCUUAUAAAAGCAUCUCAAAAUUUUCAAAAAAAACCUACCUUAAAUUUUUUUUUAUUUUGCUCAAAAAAAAGUUUUUGUGCGACUUAUUUGUUUUACUUUUUAUAAAAAUACAAGAAAGGCAGUUACUUUUGUACAACUCAGAAAAAAAGUACCUAAAAGGAUGUAAGUGUAUUUAAGAAUAUGAGUGAAUGUUCAAAAGGAAUUAUUAUAUAUGUAAAACAUUACAAACUCAACUUAUAAAAUAUUUUUGUAUGGUUUUCUCAAUUUAGUGUGAAAGAGAAUAUUAACUUAUACGUACUUUUGAAUAAAAAAAAAAUAAAUUGAUGUAAUGUUAUAUAUGUAC